GUGCAUGCGUUCUUGUGAGCUAGUAUGUGAUUAGUGUUGUGAUUUUUGGGCCGUUGUUUCCAGGUCUUUUGCUCUGGGAGGUUUUCUCAGGAAGUGUCCUGGUCUCCUUAGGACAAUCAGACAGGAACUUGAUUACCAUAGCCACAUGAAGCCUCGGCCAGUAAGGACAGGAUUAUGAUGCAGGAUGUGAUGUCACGCAAAGGAAGCUACGUGAAUGUAUUGUGUGUCUUUGAAUAUGUGUGCAGACUGGAGUUUUAUUUCUGAAAUGCACACCAAAGGUCUGACAGUAAUGAAAGUGCGGAUUUGAUGUAUUUCGUUGGCGUCCUUUGGACUCGGGUGAAUGUGUGCUUUGGACUUAAGUGCUGUUGGCUGCCCAGUGUUUGUGUUUUUUAAGGGUUUUUUGGGCCCUGCAUUACUGAGAUCCGAGCUGGCUUGUACCUGCUGGCCCUUCUUCAGAAAAGAAUAUGACAGACAGUUAGCACCCACCAAAGCCAUGGCAGCGGCUUACCUGGACCCCAAUCUGCCACAUGCCCUGAACCAGGGGGUGAAGCCUCGCUUCAGCGCAGGGAUGGAGCGGACGGCGGGUGCUCCGGAGCGCGUGCUCAAGGUCUUCCACUACUUCGAGAGCAGCAGUGAACCCUGCACUUGGGCCAGCAACAUCAGACACGGGGACUCGACCGAUGUCAGGGGCAUUAUACAGAAGAUCUUAGACAUCCAUAAAGUAAGGUGUGUGUCUUGCUUUGGUCUGCGUCUGAGUCAUCUGAGGACAGGUGAAAUUCAUUGGCUCCACCCUGAUAUGGGCGUUUCUCACGUGAGGGAGAGGUACGAACACAGUCAUCCCCAGGAUGAGUGGAGAUAUGAGCUACGGAUUCGAUACUUGCCUAAAGGAUUUUUAAAGCAGUUUACAGAGGACCAGCCAACUCUCAACUACUUUUAUCAUCAGGUGAAAAGUGACUAUAUGAUGGAAAUUGCUGACCAGGUUGAUCAAGACAUAGCACUUAAACUGGGCUGCCUUGAAAUCAGGAGGUUUUUCAGGGACAUGCGUGGUAAUGCCCUGGAUAAGAAAUCAAAUUAUGAAUUGUUAGAGAAGGAUGUCGGUCUGCGGAGAUUUUUUCCAAAGAGUAUAGUGGACUCAGUAAAGGCCAAGUCGCUGCGAAAAUUGAUCCAGCAGACGUUUAAACAGUUUGCCAAUCUGAAUGAUGAGCAGUGUAUUCUCGGGUUCUUUGAGAUCCUGUCGCCCAUAUACAGAUUUGACAAGGAGUGUUUUAAAUGUGCUCUUGGGUCGAGUUGGGUGAUAUCUGUGGAGCUGGCCAUCGGCCCUGAGGAGGGGAUCAGUUAUCUGACGGACAAAGGCUCGAAUCCCACGCACCUGGCCAACUUCACACAGGUUCAGAACAUCCAGUUUGAGGAGCGAGAUAGGAAGGGAAUGCUGCAGUUAGACGUGGCCGGGGCACCUGAGCCUCUGACUGUAACAACAACGACUCUGAACAUAGCGGAGAACAUGGCUGAUCUCAUUGACGGAUACUGCAGGCUUGUUAGUGGGUUGUCCUCUUCGUUUAUUGUCCGGGUACAGAAAGAGGGAGAGAGAGCGCUUCCAUCAAUCCCAAAGGCUCCAAGAUCAGCCAACCAUGAGAAACGGUUACAAGGCGUUCGGGCCAAAGCCAUCUCUGUUUCAGAUGAUAUUGAUGAUGAAACAGACGACUACGCAGAGAUCAUAGAUGAAGAGGACACCUACACUAUGCCUUCCACCCGGGACUAUGAGAUCCAAAGAGACAGAAUCGAGCUGGGCCGCUGUAUAGGAGAGGGCCAAUUUGGAGACGUCCACCAAGGGAUCUACAUAUGUCUGGAGAACCCUGCACUUUCUGUGGCAAUCAAGACUUGUAAGAACUGCACCUCGGACAGUGUUCGGGAAAAGUUCCUUCAGGAGGCAUUGACCAUGAGACAGUUCGAUCAUCCUCACAUCAUAAAGCUCAUUGGCGUCAUUACGGAAAACCCUGUGUGGAUCAUCAUGGAGCUGUGCACGCUGGGAGAGCUCCGAUCGUUUCUUCAGAUUAGGAAAUACAGUCUGGAUUUAGCCUCGCUCAUCCUGUUUGCUUACCAGCUCAGCACAGCUCUUGCAUACCUGGAGAGCAAACGCUUUGUGCACAGGGACAUCGCUGCACGAAAUGUUCUGGUGUCUUCGGUGGACUGUGUAAAGCUGGGAGACUUUGGUUUGUCUAGAUACAUGGAGGACAGCUCUUAUUAUAAAGCCUCUAAAGGAAAACUACCUAUUAAAUGGAUGGCGCCGGAGUCAAUAAACUUCAGACGUUUUACCUCAGCUAGCGACGUGUGGAUGUUUGGAGUGUGUAUGUGGGAGAUUCUGAUGUACGGAGUAAAGCCAUUCCAGGGUGUGAAAAAUAACGACGUGAUUGGGCGGAUCGAGAACGGUGAACGUCUGGCUAUGCCACCCAGCUGCCCACCGACCCUCUACAGCCUGAUGACGAAGUGCUGGGCGUAUGACCCCAGCAAAAGACCCAGAUUCACAGAGCUCAAAGCUCAACUAAGCACGAUUCUCGCGGAAGAGAAGGCUCAACAGGAGGAGCGCAGCCGAAUGGAGAUGAGAAGACAGGUCCCCGUUUCCUGGGACUCUGGGGGAUCGGAUGAGGCGCCACCCAAAGGUCCCUGGAGGAGACCCCCUAUCCCCCCCAGUGCCACCCAGCCUGCUUUCUUCGACCCCUACUAUCCUUCCAUGCAACAGCUGAGCCUGAACCACGUGCACUGCAGACCCUCACAGCCCAGUCGACCUGGAUACCCAAGUCCCAGAUCUAGUGAAGGGUUUUACCCAAGUCCUCAGCACAUUGGCCAGCACAAUCAUUAUCAGAUGGGAGGGCACUCAGACCCCCGUGGUUUGCUUACUGUACCCGGUGGGUUGUACCCUCCACAGGGCGCCGGCAUGGGACUUGAUCCGCAUGACAGCUGGAACCAUCGCAGAACUGCUCAGGAUCACAUGUGGAACCCUGGCAUGGAGGAUGGAGUGGCUUUGAGAGGAGGUCUGUCUCAGCUGAUGGAGGAGCAGUUAUUACUGCAAAAGCAGCAGAUGGAGGAUGAUCAACGCUGGUUGGAGCAGGAGGAGAGACUACUGAAGCCUGAUGGGAGAAGUUCCAGAGGAAGCCUUGAACGUGAUGAUGGAAGUCUUCAGGGACCAACUGGAAACCAGCACAUUUAUCAACCCAUAGGGAAAGUGGAGCAUCUAGCUCCUCCUAAAAAGCCUCCUCGACCCGGAGCUCCCAGCCACCCAGCAGGAGUUUCUGGCCUGAACCCUACAGAGAGCUACAAUGAAGGCGUAAAGAUUCAGCCUCAGGAGAUCAACCCUCCCCCUACAGCUAACUUGGAUCGGUCCAAUGAUAAGGUUUAUGAAAACGUAACGGGGCUUGUGAAGGCUGUGAUUGAGAUGUCCAGUAAAAUCCAGCCAGCUCCACCUGAAGAAUACGUGCCCAUGGUAAAGGAAGUGGGAUUAGCUCUGAGGACGCUGCUGGCCACCGUGGAUGAGACAAUACCUUUACUCCCUGCUCACACUCACAGAGAGAUUGAAAUGGCCCAGAAGCUUCUGAAUUCUGACCUGGCGGAGUUGAUAAAUAAGAUGAAGUUAGCUCAACAGUACGUCAUGACCAGCCUGCAGCAGGACUAUAAGAAACAGAUGCUAACAGCUGCUCACGCGCUUGCUGUAGAUGCCAAGAACCUGCUGGACGUUAUCGACCAGGCCAGGCUAAAGAUGUUGGGCCAGGUGCGGCCACAUUAGCCCAGGGCUUAGGGACUCUAUUAGGAAUAAGGCAAAGGGACACCAACGUACAGCAGCACAGCAGAACGAUGCCCUAGCAACACACCAGCACAGAUUUCUACAACUUGGACACAAUAGGAAUCUAAUGGUGCCCCCUUUAUUUACUCACUGACCCUCCGGUUAAAGCCACACUGCAAGUGCGGGUGCCGUGAGAAGGGCUCUGGAUUUAUUUAUUGGAUCACCCGGAUCGGACUGAACUAGUCAAGACUGAACGUAACGACAGGGCCUGACGGUUUGCCUCUUCGGUGAAGCGCUUACGUGGGGAUUUGGUGAUCUGCUUUAGGAGGAUUGUGAUUGGACGCUGAGAAGAAGGCUCUAAAUCUGGGGCUGCUCUGUGCUUUAAAAGUCUCUAGAGGAUAAAGAGACACUCUUACACUGUAUCUAAUAUGUCUGUAUUUUAUUGACAAGGCAGACCACACAAAUCUAGAAUCCCGCUCGGCUCAGGUUCUAGUUGUAGAGUCAUGAACCUUGAACUGUAUUUUUAAGACUGUCAGUUUUGCACAGUAGAAUUUGAGAUGAGUCUGGAUUUGCAGAAUCUGGAUUUCAUGUCUCAAUCUACUUUGCAGACUCCACACUUCUCCCAUGGACUGAGAUGGAGAGUGUUGUACAUUUGGGCACUGUGCCACCUAGAGGUAAAAUAAAGCUAUGACUGAAUUAAAAGAUUUUUUUUAUAGUCUCAUGUUUUCUAUAAAUGCUGUUCAGAGAUAAUCACAGUAAGGUAAUGUGGUAGAAAAAUACUCAGAUUUUAUAGGUAAAUAUCAUGCUAGCGUUACAUUAUGGUUACAGACAGGAUCAUGAUUAUGUGUAUGUGGUCCAAAAGUUAACUAUUUUGUUACAAAUAAUAUUACCAGCAUAACAAGUAGAGUGAAAGGCUGUGAAUUGAAAAGUGAGUUGUAUAGUAAUUUAUUUCUCCUGUUUUUGCUUAAGUGACAGCUUGCACUUGAGCUGGCAGGACUCGUGAGUUUUUAAACCUCAAGAUUUAAUUUAGCUCAGCAAAAUAUAAACAUGUUUAAAUGAGCAUCUUGUAAAAUGAAAUAAAUCUGACCUUUUGGGAGUUUAAUAUAUAGUUUAUGUCUAAAAAAUGUGUGACUAUCAUCAAUAAAUGAUGCUUUCUUC